GCCGGGUGGGUGUUUACAGAUGACGUUUGGGCUGAAACCCUUGUGCGAUGUACCUAACGUUAGUUACCAAAAUAAUAUGUCGUAUUAAUAGUUAGAAUUCAAGAAAUAGCUUCUGGAUAUAGGCGGGAGUCAAGACUUCAAGAUGUUGGAGUCCUAUGUCACACCGCUCCUGAUGAGCUAUGUGAACAAGUACAUUAAAAAUCUGAAGCCAUCUGACCUGCAGCUGUCUCUCUGGGGAGGAGAUGUGGUGCUCAGCAAGUUGGACCUGAAGCUGGAUGUGUUGGAACAGGAGUUGAAGCUGCCCUUCACAUUCAUGAGCGGUCACAUCCAUGAGCUGCGUAUCCACGUUCCCUGGACCAAGCUGGGCUCGGAGCCUGUAGUCAUUACCAUCAACACGAUGGAGUGCAUCCUCAAGCUGAGGGAUGGGGCCCAGGAUGAUCAUGAGAGCGGCUCUAGCUCCACCAGUCGUAGUGUCUCAGACAGCUCCAAGGCCGUGGCCAAGCCCCGCCGUCCCCAGCAGGCUGCCCCGAGCGACCCGGACCUACCCCCAGGUUACGUGCAGAGUCUGAUCCGGCGCGUGGUAAACAACGUGAACAUUGUGGUGAACAACCUGAUCCUCAAGUAUGUUGAAGACGACAUUGUGCUGUCGGUCAACAUCACCUCGGCAGAGUGCUACACCGUGGACGAUAUGUGGGAGAGGGCCUUCAUGGACAUCACUGCUCCAGAGCUGGUCCUAAGGAAAGUCAUCAACUUUGCUGACUGCACCGUGUGCUUGGACAAGCGGAAUGCCAGUGGCAAAAUCGAGUUUUACCAAGACCCGCUGCUCUACAAAUGCUCCUUCAGAACCCGUCUCCAUUUCACCUACGACAACAUCAAUUCCAAGAUCCCAUCCGUCAUCAAAAUCCAAACCAUGGUGGAGAGCCUGAAGUUGUCCAUCACUGAUCAGCAGCUGCCCAUGUUUAUCCGCAUUUUAGAGCUGAUUAUUGCCCUCUACUAUGGGGAAAUCGGAGGACACAAAGAGGGCGAGGGAGAAGAGGCCAGUGUUCUUGUCAGGGAGGCUGGAGCAAUUUUACCCGGGAUGGAUGUGGAUCUGGAGAACCAGGGUGCGAGUCAGUACUCCAGCCAAGACCUUUACAUGCAGUCUGGGGGUCUUGAAGAGGGAGACCAGGGUUGGGUGUCCUGGGCUUGGUCCUUCGUCCCAGCCAUCGUAGGCGAAGAGGAGGGAUAUGAGGAAGGCCUGUAUGAGCAGGGAGAGGCAGGAGGCAUCCCAACCAACCCACAGCAACUCACACCCAGAGACCCCAUUGUUUCUAUUGGCUUCUACUGCACAAAAGCCUCUGUUACCUUCAAGUUGACGGAGACCCAGUCGGAGAGCAGCUACUACAGUCCUCAGAAGGUCAAGUCCAGAGAGGUUCUGUGCCUGGAGCAGGAGGGAAUCACUAUCGAGGUACUGAUGAUGGGGGAGCCCUUCUUCGAUUGUCAGAUUGGCUUUGUGGGUUGUCGGGCCCUCUGCCUGAAAGGCAUCAUGGGAGUACGGGAUUUUGAAGAAAAAAUGAACCGACGCGAAGAGGACGCAGUGUUCUUCAGCUGUGGGGACAGCCUAGACCGCAAAGGAAUGACCUACCUUACCAACUCUCUCUUCGACUACCGCAGUCCAGAGAACAACGGAGUCCGUGCUGAGUUCAUCCUGGAUACCACUAUUCACAAGGAGACCUAUACGGAGAUAGCGGGCAUGCAGCGCUUUGGUGCAUUCUACAUGGAUUAUCUCUACACAAUGGAGAACAGCAGCGCCAAAGGCUCUCAGGACUUCUCUGUCUUAAGUACGGAAGAGGUGGUGUCCGCUGUCCAAGAGACUUCCAUCAAGAGGCUGGUGGUGGGACCUCUGGACGUCAAGCUAAACAGCAGUGCUGUCCACCGCAUCCUCAAGAUGGUCACCUGUGCCAUGGACCACGAGUAUGAGCCCUACUGCGGAUCACAGCCAGAAGUGGUUGAGGAGAGCCACAGUGCAGCUACUCAAGAGGAGAUAUCAAGCUUAGAGGAGUUCAUCCCGACCAGGCUGACGUGCCUCACUGUGCUUAAAGUCUCAGUCACCGUCUCCAUGGCUGAGUUCAACCUUCUACACACACUGAUGCCGAUCAUCAUGGGAUGCAAGACUGCACCGGGGCCAGUCAACAGCCCAGCCUUUCAGCCAGUGCGCCCUCUACCUGCUGUGCAGUUCCAAGUGGAAAGGGUGAAUGUUGAGCACUCGGUACCCAUGUACGCUCCAGAGCUGGUCAGCACCGUCAGCGGUCUGAGCCAGCCCUCUGACAACCUGCUCCAUCAUUGCUACGCACACCUCUACCUCAAGGUGUUUGGGUUCCAGGCCGGCUUGACAUGCCAGGACAAUACAGGAGCUUUCCUGCCUCUCAUCCCCAUCAUCCCUUCCUUCAGCACUGCACUCUACGGGAAGCUCAUCCAGAUGCCUUCAUACUGGAGCAAAAGGUCUUCAGUCCCCACCACAGAGUGUAUUUUCGAGCUCCCCCACUUCACCCUCCAGGCCACCAGGGCCCAGACGCUCCUGCUUCAGGCAAUCUGUCAGAGCUGGACCCACAGCAUGCUCAGCGGAGUGCCGUCGACCCUCAGCGAAAGCCUGCUGCGUGAAGUGCACAAAGCUCCAGGUGUGAAGUCUCCGGGUCCGUCACCGACCCUCGAGGGCUCAGUCCAAAAUCUGGAGCUGAAGCUCUGCAGCCGUGCGACGGUGAAAUGCGCCUCGGGAACCGUGGGAGCCGUAAAAGUGUGCGCCAGGACCCCAGGUUCAGCAGAUGGUGUUAAGGAGAAGCUGGUUCCUCUGAUUCAGGGCCCAUCCGACACCAAAGAACUCCACAUGAGCCGCUGGCUCAAUGAGAUCCGGAAACCUGAAUCUCUGCUGGCUCCUGACCUGCUAGUCUUCUCUGUUCAGGUCCCUCAGCAAGGAGACGACUUCAGGAACUCAGGUGCGGUCCUGCUGCUCAGUGUCCAGGGCAUUGCUGUCAACGUGGACCCGGUUUUCUGCACGUGGCUGCUGCACCAACCUCACAGAGGGAGUGGCAGGCAGCAGCAGACUCCAGGUUCAGUGCCUGGUGCCAAAAGAAGAGAGGAUGAGACGUCGGUAGGAAGCCCACCACUGGCCAAACAGCCGUCCAAUCAGGCAUCGGACUAUGCCAGCAGCCCAGCCAAAACCAAGACCGUCACAGAAUCCCGUCACCUGUCUAUACCACAGAGGGUGAUGCCCGACACUACAGCUGGGGAGUCAUGGACAACCUCGGAGGAGAGAAUGAAAGAGCUCAUCGCCCAAGCCUGGGAUGUUGUUAAGCGCCUUACUCUGCAGUUUGAGCUGCAGUCGUGCUGCAUGUUCCUGCCCAAUGACAGCCUCCCCUCCCCGAGCACCAUCAUCUGCGGCGACAUUCCCGGCACCGUCCGAAGCUGGUACCACAACCAGGCCUCCAUGCCUGCGACCCUGGUGGUGUGCCUGCCGCAAAUCAGCGUCCUCAGCGCAGGCCACAAGUACAUGGAGCCGCUGCAGGAGCUCCCCUUUGUGGUGUCCAAGCCCGUCCUGGAGGAAGGCGACGCCUUCCCGUGGACGGUGAGCCUGAGUCAGUUCAGCGUGUACACGCUGCUUGGACAGCAGCGGAGCCUGAGCCUGCUGGAGCCCAUGGGCUGCACCUCCACGCUGGCCGUCACGUCCCACAAGCUGCCGAGCUGUUCCGAGGGGGGACACUCCUUCGUGGUUUGCCUUCAUGUCGACCUGCAGCCCGUCCACGUCAAGUGCUCCAACCCUCAGGUCCAGCUGCUUUACGAGCUCCUGCUCAGCUGGAGCUCCACAUGGGCUCGUCUCCAGAGGCACGGCAUCCUGCGUCAGACCUCCAGCAUGCCAGAACCCCCCGCCGGUGCCGCCCUGACGUCCCCGGUGCGCAGCAGUGCCGGCACUGCGCUGCCAGACACCAGCACCUGCAGCCCGUCUGCAGACUUUGGCUCCCCCACAGAGGGCGACUCUGUGCCGGCUUUGGAUGAUGCCCCGUUUGCUGACACGGUCACUCUGGAGCAGAAAACCAGCAGCAUCGGAGGCUCCAGUGGGAAGGUCAGCCUUUGGAUGCAGUGGAUGUUACCCAAGGUCACAGUCAAACUGUUUGCUCCCGACUCGGCUGUCAAGAAAACAGAGAUAUGUGUCGUCGCCGAACUAGAAGACCUGAGUGCCUCAGUGGAUGUCCAGGAUGUUUAUACAAAGAUCAAAUGUAAAGUUGGCAGCUUCAACAUCGACCAGUACAGAUACAGUCCGGAGGAGGGUGCGCAGGGCUCGGGCGGCUGUGGAGGAGUGGUCCUCUCUUGCACUGACAAGCUGAACAGACGCACUGUGUUGGUUCGACCCGUCAGCAAGCAAGAAUCUUUCAGCCACUUCUCUGGCUUUUUCCCCCCUACUGCAGCCAAAGUCCUCGAGGGCUCCCACCAGCAGCACGGCUUCCUGUCCAUCACGUACACCCAGGCCGUCACUAAAAACGUCCGUCAUAAACUCACCACUCGGCCCGAGCGCGCGGCGCGCGGCAGCACUGCUUCCACGGAUCCUCUGGCCGACAGCUCGCCGCAGUACCUGAGGGAGAUCCUGCUGACAGCACAGCCCUUUGACGUGGUGCUAUCCUGCCCCUUGCUGGCUACUGUAGCCGGGGUAUUCCAGGCCACAGUACCACGGCGUUACAGGGAGCGCGGGAAGUCAGUCGGUCAGCCCAUGAGAAGCCACACUCUGACCUCCCGCUGUUUGCCUCUCAUGUACAUCAACACCAGCGUGAUCCGGGUCUUUUGCCCCGGAUCACGGGACACACAAGCGGCGUCAGAUCCCCAGUUGAAAAGAGAGGACACCCUGGUCCUAAAGCUGGGCUCCCUCAGCAUGGCUCCUCAGGCUGAUAACCCUCUGACGCGCACAGUGCUGAGAAAGGACAUCUACCAACACGCAUUGCACCUGGGCAUCCUGCGGGACCCAGGUUCAGAGGUGGAGGACCGGCAGUAUCAGGUGGACCUCCAGUGCAUCAACAUCGGAACAGCUCAGUGGGAGCAGCUCAAGCCCGAUAAGGAGGGAGCCAAAGGAGGGGUGUCCGCGGAGAGUGAGAGGAGCUCGCAGAACCCGGCUUUGGAGUGGAACAUGGCCAGCAGUAUCAGAAGGCACCAGGAACGGCGGGCCAUCCUCACGCCCAUCCUCACCGACUUUUCUGUCCGGGUCACUGCUGCCCCGGCCAUCAUCUUCAGUAAAAAUGUCCCCCCUGAUAGUGGACAGGCAGAGGAGGUGGUGGUGUGUGGCCACUCUCUGGAGGUGAACGUGACCAGCAAUCUGGACUUCUACCUCAGCGUGGCCCAGGUUCAGCUCCUGCAGCAGCUCCUCAGAGACAACCUGGUGGGGACGGAGACUCCUGAAUGGAGCUCUGAGGUGCGUCAAUGCGAACAGAAACACGGGCGCCGUGACCCCGCGGUGGGGGCCGACUCUUCAUCUCGCCACAGCGAGACCGGGCAGGACAGCGGCUUUGGCAGCGACAGCGCCCGCAUCCGCAUCGUACAGAUAGAGCAGCAGAGCGGGGCCAGCCACCACUGCAUCGCCCGGCCGUCCCGCCACUCCGCCAUCACCAAGAACCUCAGCUUCAUCCCCUUCGACAUCUUCGUCACGGCCAGCAAGCUGUCCGUCAUGACCUACGUAUGCUCCAGUUCCCCGAAGGCCCCUCCCUCGUCGUCGGACACGCCCAGCACACCGGAGAAGAGAGAGCCUGGGGACAAGGGGGGAAAGAGUGCCCUCAACCAGCCCGAGGUCCCGCCAGUGUCUCCUCCGGUCUCGGCGUCGCCCUCUCCAGACCCGUCUCCAGCCGCCCAGGGUUCCCUCGCCGGCCUCACCGCCGAGGACAUCCUCAACAGCAGCAACUCCAGGCCGGCCUCUCCGCUGCUAAAGGGCGGCCUGCUGUCCCUGGGCGGUCUGCCUGCUCCCAGCCGCUCCUCAGCCCGCCAAGCGCUGGGUGUGACCAUAGUAAGGCAGCCGGGUAGGAGAGGGGUCGGGGACCAGGUGCUGGAACCCCUCCUCUACAUCCAGCUGAUGCAACCUUCAGCUCUGCUCAGCUGCCACCAUCGCAAGCAGAGGAUGGAGCUUUCAGUGUUCGACGUGGCCUUAAGAGGGGUGACCUCUGACUACAAGUGCCUAGACCCAGGAAAGACUCUACCAGAGUCUCUGGACUACAACGUGUUUUGGCUGCAGACGGUAGCGGGAGAGUCUGACUGUAAAACGGGCAUCCCGCCGCCUCUGCUCUGCCUCCAGAUCAAAGAUUUCCUCCAUGGACCAGCUGAGCUGAAUGUGGAACUGUCGCGCCCCCUCAAAGUCAACGCCACGCUGGCCAAGCUGGAGCAGGCUAAAGCCUACCUGAAGAAAGUGCUCCAAAACCCCACAUCUGACGCCUCCGUUAAACCCCCGUCUGCCCCCUCCACCCCUCACUCCUCCCCCACAAAGACGCUGCCCAGGGCCUCUCGCUCGGAGCCUUUCCAUCAGGCCUCUGCUCUGGGUAAAGCCAGCAUCAUUGAGGCCCUGGCGCUGUCCUUCCACAAGGUUUCCCUCCACACUGCCCAGAUUGUGGUAGUCAUGGAGACGGAGGCCCAUCCAAUGAGGCCCAACGUGGCGGUGACGGUGUCGGCCAUGACAGGAAAUCUGAACAUGAAAUCAGGCCAUAGGAUGGAAGAUGCUGUCCAGGCUGCGUCCGUACAUUUGCAGCUGCAGGAUCUGUCAGCGAGGACAGGGCUGAGGGAGCGGAGCCGCCUCCUGCUGGGGCCGUUCUCCUGCAGCGCUUCCCUGGAGGCCCGCUGGUGUCGGCACAGCGGGAGCCCCGGACCUGAGCCCGGCGCUCCCAAAAUGCUGCUGGAUCUGAAGGGAGGCCUGCUGCAGGUCUUCUGGGGCCAGGAACACCUGAGCUGCCUGAAGCUAGUGGAGGAGCAUCUGAGGGUCUACCUCAACCUCCAGAAAGGUGCAGAUCCACAUCCGUCAGAGAGCCGUUCCCUGGGCAACGCCUGCCACAUCCAGCCGCCUCCGUCCCUGGGCUCUCCCUCCCCCCGGAUGGAGCACAGCUCAGAUGACCUCCGCACAGGACAUUUCCAGUACAUCCAGGACUCAGGUGAAUCUUCCCAGAGACUGCCGGGGCCCCAUGAGGUGGUGUUCUACAGGGAGACGGAGGACAGCCCGGGGGUGAUGCUGUGGAGGUACCCAGAGCCCCGCGUUCUUACCUUCGUCAGGAUAACUCCUGUCCCUUUCAACACCACGGAGGACCCGGAGAUCAGCACUGCUGACCUGGGGGACACUCUGCAGGUACCGUGCAGCCUUGAGUACUGGGACGAGCUCCAGCAGGCCUUCAUCCCGUACCGGGAGUUCAGCCUCUCGGAGAGCAGCGCCUGCCAGCUGCAGCUGCCCAGCCUUAGCCUCACCGACCAACAGAAGGAGCUGGUGGCUUCAGACCUGUGGAGGAUAGUCCUCAACAAUAACGGAGAGGGAGGAGAUGAGCAGAGUUCGGAUAGUGAGUCCGGGUCGCAGCUGCACUGCGAUCAGUUGGUGUCCCCCACUGCGUUGGCGGCCUGCACCCGCGUUGAUUCCUGCUUUGCACCCUGGUUCGUCCCCUCCCUGGGCGUGUCACUCCAGCUGGCCCAGCUGGAGAUUCGCCUCUGCCACCAUCUGGAGCAGCUGGGCACAGUUCCACCGAGACAGCUUCGUCCCUUCCUGCCAGACAGGAAGUUGCCUCAGGAGCAGGAGUUCAUGGUGAGCAGCGCUCGGGAUCCGCGGGUCUUCCUGCGCCAGUGGAGCAGUGGGCCACUUCGGUGUCAGGAGUUCAGUUUCUCCACCCAGCUGGACUGCAAGCUGCUGGAGUAUCGAAACUUGACACGCCUCCAGAUCCUGCAGCCUUGCCUACUACAGGGCCAAGCUGCAGCUACAAGCUGCCCCCAGAACACCACGCUGGAUGUAAAUGUGUUUGUGGAGCCUGUGUUCCUCAAUAUCAGCCAGUACGCCAUACACACCGUGGACACUGCCCUGCACGGCUGGCAACAGAGUGGGAACCCGGAGGCUGAGGAGCUGGUCUUCAGCCACUAUGUGAUCUGUAACGACACCCACGAGACGCUGCGCUUUGGCCAGGUGGACACAGAUGAGAAUUUGUUGCUGGCCAGCGUCCACAGUCACCAGUACAGCUGGAGAUCCCACAAGUCCCCUCAGCUGCUGCACAUCUGCAUCGAGGGAUGGGGGAACUGGCGCUGGUCAGAGGCCUUCAGUGUGGACAACGUAGGGACCCUGCUGAGGACCAUUCAGUACAAGGGCCGCACGGCUUCCCUCAUCAUCAAAGUGGUACAGCUCAAUGGGGUCCAGAAACAGGUAAUAAUCUGCGGGCGGCAAGUGAUGUGCAGCUACCUGACUCAGGACAUCGAGCUGCGGGUGGUGCAGCACUACGUGGGGCCUGACGGUCAGACGGUGGUCAGGGAACACUGCGACUGCCUGGAGGCCGGGGCCAAGCUGCCUUCGUACGUACUAGAGGACGCUGAGAUGACGGAGCUGUGCUUGAGGGCCAGGGGAGAUGAGGACUGGUCCCAAGACGUUCAGCUGGAGAGCAGGGAGAAGGGCAACGGCAGCUCUGUUGUGCAGGUGCCUUGUUCCAGUGGUUCUUUGCUCUAUGUUUGGUGCACUCUCAUCACAAUUGAACCUGACUCUCACAUGCAGCAGAGAGUGGUGGUGUUCAGUCCCCUGUUUGUCAUGAGGAGCCAUCUGCCAGAUCCAGUGAGCGUCCACAUAGAAAAGAGGAGUCUGGGGCUGAGAGAGAGCCAGCUGAUACACGGCCGGGGCCAGCAGGAGCCCCUGUUAAACACAGAGGCCGAUCUCACCCACCACCUGACUUUCCAGGCCAGGUAGAAGCACAGAACAAAAGCCAUGAGCUGCACCACAUUGAGGAUUGCCAAACAUUAACAACCCUGAUAAAGAAAAAACUGAUCUUAAGUGUAGAAAACAAGAUACCGUCCUCAACUGCAAGACCAAGCAAAAAGACAUGACCCACAAUAGUUUCCACUCUCCCAAACUAUAUACAGCAAGUCGCUUAGAGAUGUCCUUUUAGUCAAGCGUCCCUCCCCACAGGCUUCUGGGGAUGGU